CCCCCCACUGCAGAUACGAACAGACACACACCACCGCAAGUCCAAGGCGGAGCGGCAAGAGCUCACGCUUGCAGCGAAACCAUACUCUCCAUCCCUCUUCGUGCGCCCACUGCACGCGGCCAUGGCGCCCGCUCGGGAGCUCCAAGAAACCUCGUCGUCCUCGUCGUCAUCGACGUCGUCGUAUACGACCAGCUCCACGUCCAUGUCGUGCUCGUCCACCGUCACGGACUCUUCGUCGUGCCCCUCCUCGCCGGCGAGCGCAGCCAAUGCCGUGAAGGAGGCGCCGCGCAAGCGGCAGCUGGACGAGGGAGAGGGAGGGCGUGAGGAGACGGAGGAGGGGAAGGCGACGACGACGAAGAAGAAGAGCAAGCGGAGCAGCGACGGGAAGCACCCGGUGUACCGCGGUGUGCGGAUGCGGGCGUGGGGCAAGUGGGUGUCGGAGAUCCGCGAGCCGCGCAAGAAGUCGCGCAUCUGGCUCGGCACCUUCCCCACCGCCGAGAUGGCCGCGCGCGCGCACGACGUCGCCGCGCUCGCCAUCAAGGGCGCCCGGUCCGCGCACCUCAACUUCCCGGAGCUCGCCGACGUCCUCCCGCGCGCCGCCUCGCCGGCACCCAAGGACGUGCAGGCCGCCGCCGCAUUGGCCGCCGCGUUCACGUCUUCGCCGCCGCCCAUGUCCACGGAUCAGUCGGAGGAGGAGGAGGGCCUCAUCCAAGAGGAGACCGUCAAGAACGACGCCGGCGCGGACGCUACCGCGCCGCCGGAGUCUGCCGCCACGGCUACGAGCUGCGGCGCCGCCGCUGAGCAGGCGGAGGAGGAGGAGCUGCAGCUGUUCGACCUGCCGGACCUGCUCCUGGACAUCGAGGACGGGUUCGGGUUCUCCACCAUGUGGGCUCCGCUCCCCGACGUCGAGGAGGUCAAUGCAGACCUCCGGCUCGAGGAGCCACUCCUUUGGGAGUAGUAGAUGCUUGCGAAGACUAGAUGAUCAAAUAUACUAGGAGUACUUAAUUGCUAGUGUAAUCUCUUCUUUGCCUUUUUUUCUUUUCCUUCUUUUACUACUAGUGUUUUUUUUAGUUUGCCUUUUUUUUUUUACUUUGUUGGUUUAAUAAGCACAAGGGAGUACGUAGUGAUAUACAUAUGCAAAAAAAAGUUUGCUACUACCACUACAUGUUACCUGAGAGAGUUAAUUAUUACUAUUACCACAUAGUAAUGUGUGGAUCCUAGUGGUUUGACCUUGAUAGAUUUUAGGCGAUGUACUCUUUGUAAUGUGUGGAUCGUUAUGCUUGGAAUACUCUUUGUACUGCAUUGAGUUUCCCCAGAAAAAUAAUAUAUACAUUUGAGUGUGA